UGGAUGUUUGUAUCGCAAUUUAUGCACCUCUACUGAUUACAAAACGCCAAGUUGUGGUGGGUUUACACUUUUAUUGCAGUUAUGGGCAUGGGAACGAUUCCCAACCAUUCUGUCUUCUCCAUUCCCACCUAUUCCUCCCGCCAGUCCUAUUGGUUUAAGGUGGUCGAACACAGCCACUAAAAUAAGCAUGAGCGAUGAUAUUAAAUUUUAUCGCAAAUUCUUUGAUCGUUUGUCCAGAAAAUCAAUUAUUUGGCAACCAUAUCCGCCUUUGGAUCAGAUGCCCGAGGACUGUACACAGGGGAUACGUAUUUGGGGUUCUGUAAUCCCCUUACUUUCUCUGUGUAUUUGUGAGUGGCAUCAGCCAGAUAGGGUGAUGCGGCAAUUUGGACUCCAGCAACCAAUUCCAAAUGCUCCGAUCACUCCUGCUCAUGUGCAUGCGUUGACCCUGUGGGGAAAGACGGAUGAUGAUUGGACUACAAUAUUAAGUCCAACACUUGAGCACUGGGCCAAUCGAUAUGCAUACCACUUUCCAGCUACUUCUCCACAGGUUGGACUAUUAGGUCCAAAUUCUGAAUACAUGAGGUGGUAUCACAGAAAGGGGAAGUUGUACAUUGAUGCUGAUGAAGUUCAAGACUCGAUUGUGGGAGACGUAACUGAAUGCUUGGCCUACUUGACAUCUCCUCAUGGCAGGGAAGAGUUUUCUUUGGAAGCAGUCACAGAGCAGACUAAUCGAUUAUUAUCGAUAUCUGAUGACUAUAGUGCUAGAUUCGUUGAGCCAGCUGAGGAGGCACCUGUUCCCCCUGAUUCAUAUGACGCGGGGAUUUUCAAUGUUCCUCCACAGUCAAGGGAGGCUGCUGGGUUACCUAGACGAAGAACAACAGUUGAGGCGAGGGAUCAGAUGUACCCUACAGUGCCAGACAGAGCAGCAGGGAUUUGA